AUGAAACUAACUCUGCUUAUAACUCUGUGCUUUGUCAGUACAUCUUUUGCCUUAGAGCUCUUUGGACGGGAUCAAUCAUGCGCGGUAAGAGGAAAAUUGGUGUGCGACAGUAAGCCAGCCGUUGGUGUUAAAGUGAAACUUUGGGACGAAGAUGAUACUGAUUCUGAUGAUCUAUUGGAUGAGUCAAGAACAGAUUCCAACGGUGAAUUCCAUUUAGCUGGUUGGACAAAGGAAUACACUCCAAUCGAUCCUAAGCUCAACAUCUAUCAUGACUGCAACGACAUGCUGCCAUGCCAACGCAAAUUCACUAUCAAAAUUGAAAACAAAUACAUCAGCGAUGGUAAGAAUCCCAGAUCUGUCUACGAUGCGGGUGUUAUUCAAUUGGCUGGCGUCUACCCAGGGGAGAGUCGUGAUUGCAUUAACUAA